UCGGAAAUGGAGAAAAACAAAAGAGUAGUUGGAGGAGUGAGGAAAGGUGCAUGGACAAAAGAAGAAGAUCAAAUGUUGAAGAAAUGCGUUCAAACCUACGGAGAAGGAAAGUGGCAUCUUGUCCCUCUCAGAACUGGGCUGAACAGAUGUAGGAAGAGUUGCAGAUUGAGAUGGUUAAAUUAUCUGAGACCGAAUCUUAAGAGAGGAAUAUUCAACCAAGACGAAAUCGAUCUCAUUGUUCGCCUUCAUAGGUUGCUCGGCAACAGAUGGUCAUGGAUUGCCGGUAGAGUCCCGGGAAGAACGGCGAACGAUAUCAAGAACUUCUGGAACACCCACUUCGAGAAGAAAUCCACUUCACCCGCCGCCGCCUCUGGUGGUGGCGCCGGAGGAAGUUCAAGAAUGGCGGUUGUGAAAACCGUCAACGAGAGCAACAUCAUCAGACCCCGACCUCGGACCUUUGCCAGAUCACAAACAGUAGCAGUACUGCCACCUGCUACAAAUAAUGAAAAUCCCAUGUUAGAAAAGAACACAUCUGAUUUGUUAUUGGCCGGCCCAAUUAACGAUCACAAUCGAAUUAGUAACGAUGAAAAUCUACCGUCAAAAGACGAUGUCGACGUAGAAGAAGAAGAAGAUCAAAUAGAUGAAUGCAUUCGGUGGUGGGGCAACUUGCUUGAGAUAUCUGAAAACGGGUCGGAUCCGGGCGAGGCUUACCCAUUCACUGGACCCGGACUCACAAACGACUGCGCCGCGGCCCUAGAUGAUUUAUGGUUUAAUGCUUAGUUAAUAUUCACCAUAUUUAUAUAUAUAAUUAUAUAGAUUAUAUCGAUGUUGUCUUAGGUAUGUUGCAUGUACUAAUAAUUAUUAUUCCUUGUAUUUCUCUGAUUUAUCAGUUGUAAAAUUAGACUAUAUAUCUUGUAUGGGAUAAUAAUAAUAAUUAUUAUUCCUUGUA